CGCCACUCGACUUAUCCCAAAAGGCCCCAAUCUCGUCGUCUUUGUCUCGUUGCUGUGCUGGAUCUGACUCAAAACGGAUACGGUCUAAACGGCGGAAACAGGAUAUGCGCACUAUGCGGGCACCUUCUGCGUGAAGCUCAGGGCUGGCCUGCCGAGAGAGUCGGAGAGACGUCGCUUUACAAAAGAAGCCCGCCGCCCUGCGUUUCCGUUUCCGUUUCCAGCCCUCUCCAUUUCAUUCCAGCUGUUCCAAAAUCGAAUUCACCCUCCUUGCCACAGCUGCUUCGCCUUUUUCUCAAAGACUCAAGCGCAUUUCGUUGAUUCACCAUGCCUUCCUUAUCCUCUUUCUUGUCCUUGUCCGUCCUUCUGGCGGGUGUUGCGCAAGCUCUUCCCACCGGUGCCCCGAAGUGCGCCAUCAACCAGGCGGCCAUCUCUGCAGCGCACUCUGAUCCUUCCGCUGCCGGCUACACAAUCACCACCUCGGCUUCUACCUACACCCCAGGAGCCCCGCUCACGUUUACAAUCCAAGGUGAUAAAAAUGUUGUCGGAGUUCUCAUGUAUGUGAGCGCGGGAGAAGUCAGCAAGCACGUUGGUGCCUUCAAGGUUCCCGAAAACUUCCGUGUGCAAAAUGCCGAUAUCUGCACUGGUGCCAAGAUCGUCAACGACGCUCCGGAGAGUACCAUCACCCACGCCAACCCCACGCCGAAGGGCACGAAAGUUGAUUUCACCUGGACUGCGCCGGCUGCGGACCAGGGACCCCUCACCCUUCACGCCGUCGUUGCCUCUGGAGGCCCCGGCAACCCGUGGCAGAUUCUGGACGUCGUCACCCUCAACUCGGCGUCUGGAGGUUCCGGAAGCGCUCCCACCACUGUUGAAGGUGGUGCCGCGUCCACUGCUGCUCCCGUCCCAACCUCGGACAUCGACGUCGUCACCAGCGACACCUCAUUCCCAACUGGUACCAUUGAGCCUUCCACCCCCCGCCGCAAAUGCCACAAGAAGAACUCUGACCACGCUUCCGUUGUCAUUGAGGCCCCGUCCGCCACGGUCGACUCUUCCUACCCAACUGCGACGGCGACAUCUAGCGAAUCGAACACCGGUGUCGUCUCCUCCUCUGAAAAGCUCUCGUUCAGCGGCGUAGUUGCUGCGGUGGGCGCCUUCGUUUUGGGGCUCUCUCAGCUGGCGUAAUCAGGAUACGGAUAUUUGACUUCACAGUAGCAUAUGUACAUAUACACUCGUCGCACAUGUCCUUUCGACCUCUUUUUGUUCAUAUUAAGCUUUCCUCCCUUUUGAUGUACGGAGCUGUUCACCUUUCUUUGUUUCUCCCUUCCUCAUCCGUUCUCUUACAUUUACACCUGUACUUAGAUUUGAUUUUUUGCGCUUAGUCCCCUGCUGGACACGUUCAGAUUUACCCCUUGUUGUACAUCAUAGAAUGAUACUCGAUUGUAUACUACUUCUCACUGUGUUGCAAGGAAGUGAAUGUGCUGCAGCGGUUUGUUAAACUUCGGAAUGGUUACAUGAAUGUGUUA